UUGUACGCGUGCUAAAGCUACGUGUACUUAGUGUGUGUUUUGUGAGUCCCGGCUUCUUCGAUCGAGCAGGUGAACUGAAGUCAAAAGCUUCUGGAAAGAAUUCAAGAUGGUUCUUUGCAAGUCCUUAGUCAGCGCCGGUGGUUUGGCGACCCUUGUCGUCUGCUGCAUGUUCCUAGUGGUUGUGGAGGCGGCGGACAAGCCCAAGAAGCUUCAAAUUGGUGUCAAGAAGAAGGUGGAGAACUGUGAGCAGAGAUCCAAGAACGGGGACACCUUGCACAUGCAUUACACGGGAACGCUACAGGAUGGGACCGAGUUUGACAGCAGUAUACCGAGGGGCUCACCUUUUGUCUUCACCCUGGGUGCAGGCCAGGUCAUUAAAGGCUGGGACCAGGGACUACUCAACAUGUGUGUCGGUGAAAAGAGGAAACUGGUCAUUCCAUCGGACCUCGGCUAUGGAGACAGAGGAUCUCCACCGAAAAUCCCAGGUGGCUCUACUCUGAUCUUUGAGGUGGAGCUGAUGAAAAUUGAAAGAAAGAAGGAACUUUAAUGGGGAAUCUCUACACAGGUCCAGGAUUGUAGAGUAAAACGGUAGAAUUAAGAAAUUGUCAUAAUUUUCCGAGGGGCUGGUUUCAACUAAUUGUGUUUUCAAUAAAUUGCUAGUUCUUUUCUCACUUUUCCUAAUUCAUAUUUGCAUUUUUUCCCCUUGCCGUUCACCUCAGAUAAAGUUCAUCAAGUUAAUCAUGGAAAAAAAAAUUAAAUCAGCUUUUAAAAGUUUUCGAGCUUUCAUACAGACAAAACAAAAUUCAAAUAACUUGCAUAUUCUGUUGUAACAUUUACGUUAAAACCACUCUUUUUGUUUAAGUGAUAAUAGAUAUGCAAUUAACAUGAAGCAAUAACUCUUUAUAACAUUUAUUGCUUUGUUGCGAUUGAGUGCAACCUAAUACAUGUUAGUUAUUGAGUUUUCUUUCCACUUGACCCAUUGACCCAACUUAAAACAUACAUGUACUGGAGAAGUAGCUAAGCCAAUCAGAACAGGCGGCAUCACAACAGGUGGCACAAAGCAACCAAUAAGAUUUCAGAGCCUUUGAGGAUAUUGCCUGUCCUCAUAUAGAUAAGAUGUAUAAUUUGAGAUAUGGUCACCAGUCUAGAUGACCCAACAUACACAUCCAUAAAAAACACAGGUUUAUGAUGUACAUAAUUACAUCAAGGGUUUCUCAUUAUUCCCCGAAUAAUUUCUUUUCUUUUACCCAUCAAUGUUUUGUAACUCAUCUAAAUUGAUAUUUUUUUUGUGUGCAGUUUUCCAGCAGAGGACAUAUUUUAAACGUUGUCCUCUUAACCAGUUCGCGACAGGAUUAUUUUGACAAAAACGGAACGUGGCGCGGGAUUACUUUUCACUUGACCUCAUGCCAGGUGGGUUGAAGCCAUCACCCUCGGGCAGCACACUCAUAUUUCCGGCCGUGCUCGCUGCGAACGGGUCGCUGACAGAUAUUUCCAGCCUCGCUCCCUGCGUGUUUGUCCAUUAUCCGUUCCGAAUACCGCAAAACCUUUGCGGGUAUACACGUCAUCCAGCACGAACUGGCUAAAGGCAACUCAUUUGUUUCUUGUCUUUGGUUUUAUGCCAUACUUAAUUAUUUCAUUCUUACAAGAAUAUUGAUUUUGUAGUGAUUGAAAUUAGAAAAUACAAGAGCCGUAACUGGUUAUUUGAGGUGUA